AUGAAAGAACAAGUUAUUAGGACAGUAGAUGAAGACGGCGAAGCAGAUCAACCCCUAUCUAUUUUAAGUAGCAAUACUAUAAAUGAUGAUGUAAAUAAUAAUAUUUCGAAUAGAGAAUGUAUACAGAAGGGUGAUGAUGAUAAUAAUAAUAAUGAAAUAGUUAGUCGAAAUAAAAAUAAUACGAAUCUUAUAAGCAUUGUCAAUUGCCAAAAAGAGUACAACACUUCCUUGAUAACAGAAAAUGGCGAAAAAAAUGGCGAAAAAUAUGAGACUAAACACGAAAUGGCAUGUAAUAAUAAUGAGCAGGAAUGUAUGAUAAUAGAUACAGAUGAUGAAAUAAAAAAUUCUGGGUUUAUAUGUCCUCAAGAAAAUAAAAUAAAUGAUUUACCAUCAACAAUUAUGUUAGAAGGAAACCUAGAAAUAGAAACAAGUUUGCAACAAAAUACCCAAAAUGACUUAAUCACAGAUACUAUUAGAAAUGAAAAUAAAACAAGUCUUAUUGAAAAUUAUCAGAAUAGAGAAAACUGUUACAUUAGCUUAUGUUCUAACACUGUCGAAAAAAGUGGAGAAAAAAACGGCGAAAAAGGUGGAGAAAAAAAUGACGAAAAAGAUGGUGAAAAAAAUGACGAAAAAGAUGGUGAAGAUGAUAAUGAAAAUGUUAAUAUAAAGGAAAAAAAAAAAAUGGGUUUAAAAAUAAUGAAGAAAAAUUUUCAAUCGAACAAUAAUGAUGAAAAUAAAAAAGAAGAAAAUUCAAUACAUACAAACAAUAAUAAUAGUAACAAUAAUAGUAAUAAUAAUAGUAAUAAUAGUAAUAAUGGCAAUGUCAAAGUUGCUCGUAAAAGGGGGCGAAGAGAAAAGAAUUGCCUAAGAAAUGAAAAUGGGUUUCUAAGAAUUUAUGAUAAUAAUAGUAGUGUUAUUUAUAGUAAUAAUUAUAUUCCUUCUAACCCCACUGAUUCAAAUAUUGUUAAAGACAAUACAAAUAUAAAAAAUGACAACAUUAUAGAUGCACAUGGACUUAAAAAUAAUACUCCAAUAACAAUAAAUGAUAGCAACAGUAUAAAUCAUAGUAACCAAUUAUCUAUUUUGAACGAAAAAGAAAAGGAAACUCAUAAAGAUUGUGAUAAUAAUAAUAAUAAUGUGGGCGAAAUAAAAGAAUAUUCUCCGAUUAAGUUUGAAAAUGAUAAUAAACAACCAGGCAGAAGGAGGAGACGAAAAAGAAAAUUAAAAAAAGGUAAUGCAAAUGAAAACAAAAAAGGAAUAAGAAGAAAAAGAUCUCAAUCUGUAUUGGCAAAUAAUGGAAAUAUAAAAUAUAGAAUUGGAAAACGCAAUAUGCCAAUCAUAUAUGAAAAAAAUAACAAUAAUGAUAAUAAUAAUGACAAUAAUAAUGGUAAUAAUAAUGGUAAUAAAAAUAAUAAUAGCAUAUAUUAUUAUGGAUAUGAAGAUGAAUAUAACACUUUAGAUAAUAUGAUUAAUAAAAUGUCUAAUAUAAAAAUAUCUAAACAUUUUUUUUUAAAAAUGGAUGAUGAUAAUACAAGCGAAAGUAGUACAUUAUCAAAUUCUAUUAAAAAUGAAAAUUUAAAAAAAAUAAUAAUAAUAUUUGACCAAAAAUAUAAUAUGGGGUUUAUUUGUAAUGCUGCUAAAAGAUAUUUAACUAUUGAAGAAGAAGGAGGAUUAUUAAAUUUAGUAAAAAAAAUAAAUGGUGAAAGAUUUAAUUUUAAAAAUAUAAUAUCUAGUAAAGAUUCUUCAAUUGAACAAUUUAUGUUAUAUAAUUUAUUUUCUUAUGAUAUAACCACUUUAAAAAGUUCUUUAAAAUUAAUAUAUACUUUUUGUUUAUUUAAAAAUUUAAGAUUAUAUUUUCAAAUGCAAAAUAAAAAUAUAUGUAUAGAAGGAAAUGGAAUGUCAAGUUGGAGAAUUAAAGAUAAUUUAUUAGAUACACAUUCAAUAAUAUUAUCUAUGUUUAAUAAUUAUUAUAGAAAUAUGAAUAAAGAUAAAUUAACAGCUAUUGAUUUUAUUAAUUCUUAUUAUUUUAAUAUACAUAAUAUAAAAUUUGCUAAAAAAAAUGUACAACCAAAUAAAACUUAUGAUAAUAUAAUUGAAAUGGAUCAAAAUAAUGGAAUAGAUGAAGAUAAUAAUAAUAAUAGUAAUAGAAAUCGAAGAGAAGGAAAAAUAAAAGGAAGGGGAAGACGAAAAACAAAAGAAAUUGUUAUAAAAAAAGAAAAAGGAAAAAGAAGAGGUCGGAAAAGUCUUAAAAAUAAAUCUUAUCUAUAUGGUAAUUAUAAAUAUGAAAAUAAUGAACUUAAUGAUAUUGAUUCGAAAAAAAUAAUAAAAAGAAGAAGAGGUAAAUGGGGAUAUAAAUUAAUUGCUAAAGAAAAUGAAAAUAAAAUUAUAAAAGAAGAAAAAUCUACUGAUGAAAUAAUCAAAGAUAAACAAGAUAAUUUUAUUGAAAAAAAAAAAAAAAAAAAUUUAAAUAAAAAAGAAAAUGAGUUAGACGAAGAAAAUAUAUCUUAUCAAGAAAAUAUUAAUAACUUGGAUAAUAAAUUAUCAAAAAAUAAUAUAGAUCAAAUAAAUGACGAAAAUAAUGAUAUAGAAAAUAAUGUAAAUAUGAUAGAUGUAAAAAUAAACAGAACUAGGAAUAGUAACAAUAAAUAUAAUUUUAAAAAUAUUAUAAAAAGAGAAAAUUCAAAUUAUUAUGAUAUUACAAGUAUGAAAAAUAAUGAAAAUGAGCAAAUAGACGUUUCUAAAACUGGAGAAAAUAAUGAUGAUUUUGAUGUGGCAAUUCCCAAAAAUGAAGAUAAAAAUGGAGAUAAAAAUGGAGAUAAAAAUGGAGAUAAAAAGGAUGGUGAAAGAGAUGAUGAAAGAGAUGGUGAAAGAGAUGGUGAAAGGGAUGGUGAAAAUAAUUUUGAUUGUGAUACUAAAAAAAGAAGGGUAGUGAUAUGUUCUGAUAAGGGUAGCAAUCAUAGUGAUAAAGAAAAUAAUCCAGAAAUUAUAGAUGAUUAUAAUAAACUAAAUAUUGAUUCGACAGAUGCAGAUAAAGAAAUGGUUCAAGCUGGUAAUGGGCAAGCUAGUAAUGGGCAAGAUAAAAACGAAGAAAUAAAUUUGUUAUUUGUAAAAAAUAAACUAAAUUAUAAUGAUGUCAUUAAUAUAGGUUCUAGCAAUGAAACCUGCCUAGAAGCUGAUAACAAUAACAACACUAAUAAUGAACCCUCUUUAUCAUAUUAUACUACAGAUAACAAAGUCAAAUGCAAAAUAGAGGAACCAAAUGGUAUAGAAAAUGCAUCUAAUAAUGAAUGUGAAAAUGAUGUAAAUAUAAAGGAUAGUGAAAAAUGUGAUGAAGAAAAUAAUGGAAUUAUUAAAGAUGAUAAUGUAAUAGGUGUAGAAAAAAACGGAAUAAAAAAUGAAGGAAAUAUGGAAUAUAAAAAAAAAAUAAUUUUAAGAAGACGAAGUACAAAAGAAGAAAAAGAAAAUAAUUAUAUAAAUGAAAUGAAUCUAACAAAAACAGGAUGUUCUAUAAAUAAUGGAAAUAAUAACGGAUCUUUAAUUAAAGAUGAAGGAGUAUUUUGUAAUCCCAUGGCAUUAAUAAAAAGACGACGAAGAAGAAGGCGAAUAUCCAAAAAAACCAAAAUACAAAAAAGUAUAGAAAAAGGAAAUGAAAAAAUUGGAAGAAAAAGAAGAAGAAGAAGAAGAAAAAAUAUAAAUCCAGAUGAGAGUUGUACCGAAGAUGUAAUAAAAUUAGAAAAUGUAAGUAUAAUGCUUUUGGAAAGGAUUAAAAAUAAUUAUAAAAUGUUGAUAGAAAAUAAUGAACUUAAUAAAAAAAAACAAGAAAUGAAACAAUACAAUAAUAAUGUUAAUACAAAGCCUUAUAACUAUAUUGGUAAUCAUAAUGGUUCUGGAUAUUUAAAUGACAAAAGUAGAGAAAUUGAUGCAUCUAAUGUUGAGGGUUCACAUCAAUUCAACGCCAAUACCAAUUGUUUGCAGCCUGGUUCCGUUUCGAAUAAUAAUAAUAAUAAUAAUAAUAAUAAUAAUAAUAACAAUUGUAAUGCUACUGGGAUCAUAGAUGCAGAUAAUAGUGUUAGAACCCAAAAUAACGAAAACAUGGUGGCUAGUAACGCUAAUGAAGGAAUACAAUAUUCUAAUAACAAUUCUCGAAUUUUACAAGACAACACUUCAAAUAAUUUUGAAGGCACCUUAAAUAAUAAUGCAAAUGUUAAUAAUCUAAUUCAGAACAAUGAAACGAAUGUAAAUACAGUUAUAUAUGAAAAUGAUAAUAAUAAUAAUAUUAUGGAAAAUAAAGGGAAUUAUAAUAAUUCAAUUACAAAUGUAAAUAAAAUAAACAAAAUAAAUCAUACUAACUUUCAAAAUAAUAUAAUUAAAACUGAAUUGAGUGAAAAAGAAAAAAAAUAUAUGUUAACUAUAGAUUCAAUAUAUAAUAGCAAUUUUAAUAUAUUAGAUAUAAAAGUGAAUACUCAUUUUUCACAUAAUUAUCAUAUAGCUUUAUUUUUUUUAUGUAAAUAUACAUCAUAUAAUUUAUUUUUACAUCCAAUAAAUAAAAAUGAACAUAUUGUAUCAUCUAUCAUACUAAAUUCUAAAAAUGAUAUUCUUACAGAUAAUGGAAAUUGUUUUGUUUUAAAAUAUUUAUUAUCUUUUUUAAGUAACAAAAUAUCAAGUCUUAGAAAAUGUUAUGCUAAUGCAUUAUAUAAUUCAUAUUUAUUACAGAUGCCAAUAAGAAUAUUUCGUCAUAAUAAUUUAAAAACAAAAUAUGGUCCAAAUUAUGGUAUAAGAUAUGAUGGAAUAUAUAAAAUAGCAAAUGCAUUCACUGUAAAUGAUUAUUCAACAUCCGAAUAUAAAAGAGAUAUAUUAUAUGUUUUUAAAAGAUUAUAUAUGGAUAAAUGUUUUAUUCCUAGCAAUUGUAGAUUUUAUAAUAAUAUAUAUGAAAGAAAAAAAAAUUUAGAUGAAAAAAAUUCUGUUUCUAUUAACGUUUUUUUUAAAAAUGAAAUUAUUAUGACUUUAAGGGUACCAUAUAUUAAAAAUUAUAAAUCUACAGCAUUUACUAAUUUUAAUCAUAUAUAUAAAUUUAUUAGAAAAAAAUGUAUUACUGAAAAUAUUGCAACAGAAUGGUUAAAUUCAGAUGUUCGUAUUUAUGAUGAAUGUAUGAAAGAAUAUAAACAAAUGAAGGUUAAAAAUUCUGAAUUAGAUUCUAAAAUAAAUGAAAAUGUUUUAGAUAAUAAUAUAAAAGAAAAUGAAACAAAUAAUGAUCCAAUAAAAAUAUAUCAACCUAAUGAAGAAGAAAAUAAAAGAAGACAAAAUGCAAAUAAAAAUGAUCUUAAAGGAAAAUAUCCAUUUUGGUGUUUAGGAAAAUAUCUACCAAUGGUUUUAAUGUUAGAAACAUUAUGUUUUGAAAAAGAAAUAAAUGAAAAUAAAAUGAUAAGAACUAAAAAUUUGAAAAAUUUAAAUAUUUCGAUAAAAAAAUGUGAAAUAUCUAUAAAUUGUGAAUUAGCAAAAAGACCUGCUCAUUUAUUUAUACCAAUCAAAAGUAAAGAAGCAAUAUCAGCAUACAUAGAAUUAAAAAAACCUUUUGAUGAUGAUUGGAAUCCAUAUGAAGAUUUAUCGGCUGGUAAAGAAAAAUUUAAAAUUCCUGUUGAGAAUGAUGUAGAUAAUGAUUUACCACCUAUGAAUUUUACUUAUGUUAAUAAAACCAUAUUUUUUUCUCGAUUACCUCCAUAUAAUUUAUUACCUUUAUGUUCUGGAUGUACACCUCAAAAUUAUAAUAAAAAAGAUUUCGAUGAAAUAUAUAUUAAUGGAUAUUGUAAAGCAUUGAAACAUAAAAGAACAAACGAAAUAUAUUGUGAUGGAAAUAAAAAUUAUGAUAUUAAUGAUUUUAACGUUUUAGCUGCAUGUUCAGGAAAUUGUUUAUGUGACCCAUUAAAAUGUAUAAAUAAAUUUCCAGAAGGUUUACAUUAUCCUGUAAAGGUUGUAAAAACUGUUGAUGUAGGAUGGGAUAUUGUUUCAUGUUCCCAUAUAAAAGCUAAUUCACUUAUUAUGCAUUAUGUAGGAGAAAUUACAACUCGAAAAGAAAUGAUAUCUAGGGAACAUGAAUAUGAUAAAAAAGGAUAUUUUAAUUAUUUUAUUGAAACUGCGGAAGUAGAUGAAACUUAUGCUGAUGAUUGGAAAAUACCAUGUAUUGAUGCUUUAUUUAUUUCAAACGUUGCUCGGUUUUUAAAUCACUCAUGUGAACCUAAUGUUAAUGUUAUAACAAUAUGGAGAGGUGAUAGUUACCCAUCCGUUGGGGUAUUUUCUUCAAGAGAUAUAAGCCCAAAUGAACCCCUCAAAUAUCAUUACGGAAUUAACUACAAAAAUAUCAAGUGCAUGUGUCGCUCAAAAAAGUGCAAAGGAUAUAUUGGAUAG